AUGAUUGACCAGUUUACGAAGUGGCUAGAAUGCUAUGCCGUUCCUAACCAAGGAGCAGAACAAGUGGCCAUGUCAUUUGUUGAAGGAUUCAUUGCUAGAAUAGGGUGUCCUCUUCAGAUCCACUCGGAUCAAGGUAGAAACUUCAUGAGUGACUUAUUCCAAAGACUGUGUAAAAUGCUAGAGAUCACAAAAACACGCACAACUCCAUACAGAUCAUGUGCGAAUGGACAAAUAGAGCGGUACAAUAGAACCGUCUUACAGUCGAUCCGUUGCUAUUUAAAAAAUGUGCGUUUCCAGCGACAAUGGGACCGGCAUUUGCAACUCAUUGCCGGUGCUAUAAGGGCCACUGUUAACAGACAAACCGGAUUUACCGCCAAUAAAAUGAUGUUAGGGCGAGAGAUUCUAUUACCUGUAGACAUCAUGAUGGGUGUGGGUGAAAAUCAACAGCCUCGAGUACCAUCUGAUUAUGUGGAGGAGCUAGAAGAAGUAAUGUCUCAGGUCCAUACAAUUGCCAGAGAAAAUCUACAUGGUGCACAAAUGCGUCAAAAACGGACCUAUGAUUUGCAGCUUCACAACCACACAUACGAUGUUGGAGACUUAGUCUACAUGAUAGAUUCAUCAACAAAAAUUGGACGAUCUAAAAAGCUACAAAAACCUUGGAUUGGUCCAUUUGUUGUGACUCAGAAGUUGUCACCAGUCCUUUAUCGCAUAAAGAAUCGGCGAAAGGAGAAAGUGGUCCAUCAUGAUAAAUUGAAGAAAUGUUCUGACCGUGACAUCCCAGUGUGGCUGACGAGACUGAGACACACAGUGACAAUGGCUGAACCGACACAAGAGGAAGAGAAGGAAGAGGAAGAUGGAUGCUAUCUAGGAAACUUGUAUGAUGACCAGAGGGGAAACAUUCUAAAUCAAGAUUCAAGAGCCCCCAACAAUUCAGGUGAUAAUCCUACAACCACUUGUGACUCAAACCCUGCUUCAAGAGCCAACUCAUGGGAGCGUCGCCGUGUUAGACUGCCAAAGGCAUUGGCAGAUUAUGACUUGUCUUGA